ACUUCACAUAUUAUAUAAGCCACUCUACAACCAACUCCACUAAGUGCAAACAAAAACACUCUCAACAAAUGAAUAUUCUCGGACAAUCAUUCAACGAAUCAAACAACGGAAGCUACUCUUGUUCGUCGCCGGAGACUGGUAGCUCCUCUAACAUUCCAAACACUUUUCACUCCGACGAGGAAGUGCACACACUAGCUUCGGCGCGUCCUAAGAAACGUGCGGGGCGUCGAAUUUUUAAGGAGACAAGACACCCGGUGUACCGAGGAGUACGAAGGAGGAACAACAACAAGUGGGUCUGCGAGGUUCGUGUUCCCAACGACAAGUCCACCAGGAUUUGGCUUGGAACGUAUCCAGUGCCUGAGAUGGCCGCACGUGCGCACGACGUCGCCGCGCUCGCGCUUCGGGGCAAGUCGGCUUGCCUCAACUUCGCCGACUCGGCGUGGCGGCUGCCCUUGCCGGCGUCGACAAAUGCGAAGGAGAUACGGCGAGUGGCGGCGGCGGCUGCUGUAGCGAUUGCGGCGGAAGACAGCUGCGGCGAGCAGUUACAGAAUAGUAUUGUGAAUGAUGCCGUUGCUGAUGAUUGUGAAGUUAGCAGAAGUGACGUCAGCUUUGAUGAAGAUUCCAAUAGCAACAAAGGUUUGAGAGUUUUUUGUGAUUUGGAUGAAAUUACAAUGGCAGAUGCACCGGUUUUUGAGGACAUGCGUGAGUGGCUUCAGAGUAUGGCGGAUGAGCCUUUAAGAUCGCCUACUUUUGUAACAUAUGUUAAUGUUAGGGAUGUCUGGAACUUUGUGGAGGAUGAUGCUGAGGUAUCCUUGUGGAGCUUCACAAUUUAGUGCGUUUAGUUUGUUCUUUGUCUUCUUUCGUUUUUGGUUUUUGUACAUAAUUAGGAACGGAGGAGUACGAAAAUGUACCAAGACCGAGACGAUAUAAGGAGCUAGCUAUAUAGGGAGGAUCAUAAAACUGUAAGACAUUGCAAAUUUUCUCAUUCAGUUGUUUUUGUAAUUCUCAUAAUCAUAUAGAUAAAGGAAAGGUUUGUAAAAUAAA